UCUCAUCUCAUACUUUACCUUAAUUACAACAAUUUAGAAAGAACAAAGAAAAGCAGAAAAAAAAAUGAAGAACCAACAAAACCAAUACAACAUUCACAAAGCCUUCUUGUUCUGCAACUACAUACUCUUAUCACUAUCCUCUAGCUGCAUCUUCCUCACUCUCUCCCUAAACCUCUUCCCCUCAAUCUGCGGCUUCUUCUUAAUCCUCCUCCACGCAUUCACCAUCGCCGGAGCCGUUUCCGCCUCCGGGUCAUCCUCCCUAACCACCAUCACCCGCUGGUACUCCGCACACAUGGUUGUCACUGUGUUAACUGCCAUUUUUCAAGGUUCGGUUUCUGUGAUGGUUUUUACUAGAACUGCGGAUUUUCUUGUGGAGUUGAAGUCUUAUGUGAGGGAGGAAGAUGGUUCGGUUAUACUGAAACUGUGUGGUGGACUUGCUGGUGUUAUAUUUUUGUUGGAGUGGGUUGUUUUGAUAUUGGCGUUUUUCUUGAAGUGUUAUUCUGAUGAGGAAGAUGGUGGUGGUGGUGGUGAUGGUAUGAGGAGUGGGAAGGUUCAGAGUGAAGAGGAAUUGAAGAACUGGGCAUGAAAUUUUCAAGUGUAAUGAAUUGUUUGGUUUAUAAGUUACAACAACAUUGAUUCUUUCAUUUGUUGGAUUUAGGUGUUUGAUUAUUAUUAAUAUUGUUACUACUAGUGCUAUGUUAUUUUGAUUCUUGAAUCUUUGAUGGAUUUCAUGUAACCCGUGAUUAUUGUGGCAAUAUACUGUUAAAGAGUAAGGGGGUUAAUUGUUUUCA